UUUUUAAAAAUCUUUUAGCCUACAUCGUGGAGAGCCUGGAUAGUCGUCGUCGUUCCUCCAAUGGUGACCAGCCUAGUGUUUCCAGCAUGCUGCCAACACUAGAGAUAUUCCUGUAGCGGUUCAGGACAAAGCGUGCUGCCCGUCGAUGGAUCGCCUCAAACCUUUCGAUGCUCUUCUGGGUGAAUGGGUCCCAGACUGAAGAUGCCUAAUCUAUAACCAGACAAAGGCUUUAUAGGCUCUUUCUUUCACACUGGAGUUGCAUAUCUUUAGUUUUUUCCCUAAAAGCCAUAGGGCCUUGUUUGUCUGGUUGUUUAAAUGCUCGUCGCAGCGGACCUCUCUUUAAAUGGUAGCACCAAGUAAAUUUAACAAAAAGGUAUGUGCAGAUUUUUUUUCUUCAAAAAUUAAACACAUUUUUUAAAUUUUUUUAUAUUUAAGUUUCUUCUACAUUCACUUUGAAACCUGUUACUAUACACUCACUCAGCAGUGGUGUAGCUAAGGGGGUGCGGACCGCACCGGGUUACACCAUCUCAAUGGGUGACACCAAAUUGAAAAUGGCAUAUUUACAGAGCAAACACAGAGCAAACACAGCUCGGUCUAACCGAAUUUCAUAAAAAGAUAACCGAUCACACGUAAAAGUUCCACUCAUGUCCCCAAUCCAAAUACGUGCUUUAUUUAAACGUUCAAGGUUGGUGCGUCAGGGAUGAGGCGACCCUAUAAUUAGAUGAAUAGCUGAAUGGUACAUCCUUGAAUCUCUUCUAGUACUCUUGCUAAGCCUUCAAUUCUUUCUUACGAUCUGUGUCUGUGGAUUCAUCUGAGCGGAGCUUUUCAAAACUAAGUCUUAUCAAAAACCAUUUACGCUCCACCAUGGAAUAUUUAUGGCUUUCUGGUCUGGAGCUACUAUCACUUGAAAGUGAGACUGUGAAAGAUAUUGAUUUUGAUAAGGUGCUGACAGGUUUGCAGCUUUAAAGACCAGAAAAAGUUUUUUUUUAAUAAAAUAAAUUUAAUUUUAAAAUAAAUAUAGAUUAAGGUUGUUAAAGUUUUUAUAUACAUUUAGGCCUACCUACUAUUGAUUUGUUUUUGUUCUUGUCAUUGUUAUGAUGUGGUCUUAUUUUAGCAUGAAGAAAUCCAUAAUAAAAAUCGGGGGUUGGGGGUGACACUAUGUGUUUACCGCACCGGGGGACACCAACCAUAGCUACGCCACUGGACACUCACUUUACUUAUAGGCCCCUACUCCUAAUUACUAACUUAUAGCUAUACACUGACAAUGUACAGGGACAGAGUGCAAAUUUAAACUUCUGCAUGGCUUUCUUUUUUGUAAAGCAUUUUAAGAAAUUAAAAAUUAAUUUUCACUUUUUAGUGCGUUUAAACUCGUCUUUCAUUGAAAGUCUUUUUCUAAAAGUGGUAUUAUUUUAUUAUUAUUAAUUUUGUUUUUAUUAAACCACUACUAAUAGCCUACCAACAGUAAUCUCUCCCUGAUAACUUUUUAUUUUAAAGGGAGGGAACCCUUUUAAAAUUUAUAAAGCGGAAGUUGAUAAUACAUUUAACGAAGUGUCUACACGUCCGGCGCGCCGGACGUGUAGUGCGCAAGAUACACGUCCGGCGACUUGUCACGUGACCGCCGGACAUGGCCGGACGGCUAGUAGUUUUUAUAAUUCCAAACGAAGUACGAUUUAGUACAUCUUGUCUGGUCUUGUGGUAGAGUGGUUGCUUGACGAUAGGAAUGUUUGAGGAUCUAUACCGGGGAUAGGGUCGUUUUUUUUCUUCCCAUUUUAAUUAAAAUAUUUUGUAUAUAUUUAUAUUAUCAUGUUCCUCAGCAACAGUAGUUUCAUGAGAAGUUUUUAAAUAUUUUGUAGCAAUUGAAAUAAUUUAAAAUGAAAUCUUUAACUUUUAUUGGUUGCCACACUGGCCCCUAAUUUAUUUUAUGGAUUACUGGUACACAAAAAAUAACAAACUAAACAAAAAUGUUUACAAGCCACUUUCACUUAAGUUUCUUUUUCUAUUAUUUGCAUUCAAGAUACUCAGUACAUUACUUGGUAGAGAAAUAGAUUUUAAAAUUAACAAUAGUUUUGAAUUAUUCGCAGUCACGUGACAAGGGUGACCGACACGAUAUCUCUCGCCACUUUGUUACGGCGGUCAUGUGACUUGGUCGCCGGACACAUAGUGCGGGAGAUAGACGUCCGGCGCGCCGGACGUGUAGACACUGCCUACAUUUAAUGAUAAACAUCAUCGAACAAAAUCCCAACUAAUGAAUUACAACGUAAGUAGGCCUUAAACUAUUAGUGGCUGUUAUAGGCCCUAUAGGCAUACAUAAUAUAUGCACAAAUGCAUUUUCCAGACAUUAGUCCUUUAAAUUUUUUUAAAAAUUCAUAUCUUGCAUUAGUUAAAGUAGACAAUCAUUACUAAAAGUUAAGAUACAACUUACUUAAACUUAAGACGAGUGACUGCAAACCGCUUAAACUUACUCUCAACAAACUUGAGCCAGCUUAAAAAGUCAGAGACUGACUAUAUUAUAGAACUAAACUAAAAAAGCUCAAUCAUUUUCAUUUUUAUUAAAUUUUCAAAUGACCUAUAUAAUGUAAAUGUAAUGAGUAAUGAAAUGAUUUUAGAUCUAGGCCUAGGUACUUCAGACUUCUGUGGAAAAAAUAGGUGACAUGAAUGAUUGGGUCAUCCUCAUCCAUACAUUUUUCAGAGUUGUGACCCCUCUCCCCCCAUUGUCACAAAUCAUCACAAAAACUUAGCCCCCCCCCCCCUUUAAAUAUAGCAUCACAAACCUCUGUCCGCAAACCCCCCCUUUAAAAAAAUCCCUCUGUUCACCAAAUCACCCCUCUCCCCCCAUUUUCACAAAUCAUCACAAAAACUUAGCCCCCCCCCCUUUAAAUAUAGCAUCACAAACCUCUGUCCUCAAACCCCCCCUUUAAAAAAAUCCCUCUGUUCACCAAUGUCCUUUACAAACCCUUGAAUCUUAAAAAAAUCACCUCUAAUGGUCGUCAUGGAUAUCAAAUUAUUCCACAUUUGUUAGAAAUAUUUCCAUUGAACAGUGGUUCUUAGGGAAGGGUUAAAAUUAAAACAUGCCCCGAGGACUGAGGGGCGGGGCGGAAGACACAGAAAAUUGUAUUUGUUUCCAUCAGUAAUUAUUGCUGCCUUAAAAAAAAUCAGUUUUUAUCCAUUUUGCUAAGCUGCAGUAAAUGUUUUUCUGGUGAAUUUUGUUUGCACAUUACUUGUAUUGUUACAUAUUUUUUUUCUUGUUUCUAGGAAUUUAAUUAAUAAAAUAAAAGGACCAUAACUAAAUUAUUUAAUUAUUAUAAUUUUUAUUACAAUACAAUUUAUGCGGGAGGGGUGCGGACAAAGUUUUAAAAUUGAGAAAAGAUGCAACGCUGCGAAAAGGUUAAGAAUCUCGGCCCUAGAACAUUUAUUAAGAUCACCACCUCCCCCUUUUUUCUCUCAUUUUCAGUUCCAAUCAACUUUACUGGUAGCCCUUAUUCUAUGACUCCCGUCUCCACAUUUCCACAUAAAUCCUUAUGCCUUUCAAUGUUACUACACCCCUUUUCUCCUCCUCCGUGUUGGCCUAUAACUUGAUCAGAGGCCAUUUUUCAGACCUCACAUACAUGUACUGAUUCUCUCAGUGAUUGUAGUUUAAAAAAAUGUUUGCGUGAAAGAACACACACAUGAACAUGAAAAUUUAUGCAUAAAAGUAGAGCCAAAUUUUUUAGCAUAAUAUAGUUCAGGGGCAUGAACAAAUACAGGUUAAACUUUCAAUGGAUGAAAAUAUUUUUUAUUUCCAUUCUCUAAAAAUAAAGGUCAUGGAAAGGUGGGUGUACAUUUUUAUGAGAUUAAUAAUAUAACAAAAAAAAAUCAACUCAAGGAUGUUGCAGACGGGAAAAUAAGUUAAGAUAUUCUUCAAUUCUUAAGAAAUCUGUUUUUUACGAUUUUCCGAUAAUGUAGUAGAGAAGCUUCGGGUAAUCUUUUAAUGAAGAUAACAAUAUAUCAAAUUCUGUUAGUCUUACAGAUAUUUAAAAUGGUGUUUUUAUUUGUUACUGUAAGUUAAAAGACAUGGAUUUAUUUUAAAAAUUUCUGUUUGUUUGUUUUUUGUUGUUGUUUAUUAGAGUUCCUGAAAAUGGGUAGGAUAGGCAUAAAUUAUAUUGCAGAUCAAUAUUUAUUAAAACAAAAUAAUGUUAAAAACGUAAAUAUCUAUUUAUAGAUACUUCUUUUCAAAACACGAAAAGUCUGACUCACUAUUUCCUGAAUAUACAUUAGAUACUUCUUUUCAAAACAUGAAAAGUCUGACUCACUAUUUCCUGAAUAUACAUUUCAAGGGCCUGGAAUAUUGUCGUAAAUAUUAUUCAGUUAUAUAUGUAAAAUUUUGAUUCUUAGAUGUUAUGACUUCGCAAUAGCAGUUAUCAAGUAUUGCAAAAGGCCUUCAAUUAUUAUCCUGGUAACAUCAGGUCAUAUUUUUUGAGUAAUUAAUAAAAGGAUUUGGCUUACUUAGGCUAACACUCAAAAAAGAUUUUGAAAUUGAAAGUGCAUUUCAUUGACAAAAUCAAAAUUUCUUGAAAAAGAACUACUUUUGGGUAUGGCGUUCAUUAGUUUAGUUACUAUUGCAUCAUUAUUAAAAUAUGCGUUAUCAAAAUAUGUACAGAUCCCAUUUGAUAUUAGAUUAAUUGCCUCAACUCUUGCCUGCCUAUAUAUAUUGUUAUUUUCAAUUUUCAUACCUUUACUUACAGUUGUCGAUCAAAAUUUACUGGCUUGAAAAUGAGUUUUGAAAGCCAAGAUGCUGAUGUUUAUCCAGGUAUGCUGCUUGGCAUAACAUUAUUUCUUUGUGUAAUUAUCUUAAGUAAUCAAAGAAGUAAUCUAUUUUUCUUUAUUAUUAACUUUAAAAAAAAAAAAUAUAUGUUUCUUCUUAAAAUCUCUGAUUGAAUGAUGAUUAUUUUUAAGGAGCUUGGUUAAUAAAAAGAAAGAUGGAAAAAACGUUUUCUGUUUGUGAUCUUCAAUUUUUGUUUAUUCUUGUUUUGUUUGAUAUUUGCUAUAUUUCCUUUGUUUCAUUAUCGACUAAUGAAUAUAUAUAUAAAAUUUUCAUGAACAUUUUUUAUAUUGUGAGGCUCAGCAGUGUUUUCUUAUUUGCAACCCUUUUUUUAGGUGAUGAUGAAAGGAAACGAGAUUCAAGUCGGAAAAGGGAUGGAAAGAAAGAAAAGAAAGAAAAGGGCUAUCAGAUGUUUGAAGAGGAAGAUUCAGAAGAAGAGCAUCUAGUUUUAGCAGAAGAGAUUAAGUAUGAAAGAAAACUGUGAAGAAAUGGAAGUUAAAUUAGCCGAUCAAAUUAAGUAUGGUUCUCUACUGAAUUGAGUUGAACAUUUGAAUUGGAAAUUAAUUUAAACUUUCUAAUUAGCCAUUUAAUUUGAAAUUUUCUUUUAUUAUAUACAAGUUUGAAGUUACAACCAUGGCAUAUUGAUAAGGGAAGAGAACAUAUCGGUACAAGAUACACAUUCCAGGCCACUCUCCAUGUUGUUCCAUUUAUUAAAUUUAAUAAAGUAUAUGUUCCUUUCUUUACUGAUUAACUACCAGAUUGAAAAACCUGCUGUGGCAGUAUUAAAUCUAGGUCACAUUUUCUCAUUUUAGGUGUAUGUACAAUUUCAGCUGCAGUUUUCUUAAUUACUAACAUAUUCUAAUGAUUAAUAAACCAUUUUGUCGGUAAUUGAAUUGACUAUAAGAUAAAUGUAAAACAUUUUUUAAAGUUAAGUUUUGUUAGGAAGUAAUGAAUUGUUAAAUUAGUAUUUACACCAGAAAAACAAUAAAAAAUAUAUAAAUGUACCAACUUACGUAUAAAUUUUAAAUUUCCAAUAUAUAUAUAUAUAUAUAUUGGAAAAGAAUGUUGAGUUUAUUUCUUUUAUUUAUAUAUAUAUAUAUAUAUAAAUAAAAGAAAUAAACUCAACAUUCUUUUCAUUAGUAUUUGUUACUAUCGGGGUUUCUCCAACCCAACCUUAAAGUCCAAUGUGUUUUUCAACACACAUUUAUUUAUAAAUUAAAAUCCCCAAGAAACAGUUUUCAUUUACAAUUAAGUUACAUUAAGUGUAUAUUCCAUAAACUCUUCAGUGUCCUGUAAAUGUUUAUUAAUCUCUUUCUCCCAGAAGUCCAAGUAAAACUAAAAAGGAGAGAAUUAAACCGAGCUUUAAGUUUCCAGUGACAGUGCGGAAAGAAAAAACAAAGGAAAAGGUUGAAAUACAUUUUUCUCAAUAAGAACGUGUAGUUACAACAUCUUGGCCUUUUAAAAGGGUCAUUAUAACCUCUUGACCUGUUACAUUUCAUUUAUGAAAAUUAAUCUUAUUUUAAUUAUUCAAUCAUUAUUUUAAGUAAUAAGGAUCGGUUGUCAUGGUGAUUUGUCAGAGUUAAUGUCUAAUUUUUAUCGAAAGAUUCCUUGAAUUUUGACAUAAAAGUGCAUCAAAGAUUAAAAUUGUUACUCAAACUCAUACCAGGUCAGUUUCAUUUAAAUAUUAAUGCAUAAAAGUUAAUUUAUUUCCUGUUAAAUUUCAGGAGGAAAAAAAAGACAAAGAGUCAAAAGAAGAAAAGGAGAAAAAGAAAGAAGAAAAGAAAAAGAACAAAACAAAAGAGAAAAAAAAACUUAAGACGGUUCACAGUGAUCCUGCCAACAUCAUAGUUGAAGCAAGUAAGGAACACGUUACUUUUACAUGCACUUUUGAAAUAAUAGAUUUUGAAAAUACGUGUAAGCUUAUCGCCACUGUAUUGCUAUUUAUUCUGUCGGAAAGGACGCUAAAAUAAUUUAUAUAUGUAUAUAUGUCGCAAUCCUUCUUAAUCUGUGUUCUUAUUUGAACAAUAUAGGUGUUAAUGAGAAUCCAAUUUUUGGUGUGCCCCUUGCUACAGCAGUGGAGAGAAAUAAGUCUCAUGAUGGAAUAGAGCUUCCUGCUAUAGUCAGGGAAUGCAUUGACUACAUUGAGGAAUGUGGUAAGGAAUAGCACAAAAUGAACAAAACCCAAUUUGAAAUUUGGAACUUGUCUGUGUUGUAUUUGUAUUUUAAUCAUUUGUGUACAAUUUUAUUUGUGCUUCUAUUUUAUGUCAUUCCCAGCUGAUUAUUAUGGUUGAUAUUUUCUUUGUGAGGAUGCAAAAAAAUUAUUUUUUUAACAAAUAAAAAACAUUGGUUUUCCAGGCCUAGCAUGUGAAGGCAUUUAUAGAAUCUCUGGUGUUAAGUCAAAGGUCCAGCACCUCAAAGAUUGUUACAACCGCCAGCAAACUGUUCACCUGUUUGAACAUGAACCAAACAUAGUAGCCAGUCUCCUGAAGCAGUUCCUGAGAGAUUUGCCAGAACCAGUCCUGACGACUGCACUAAUGCCAAAAUUUGAGGAGGCUUCUAGUGAGUUAAUGAAGUAUUAUUUUAUUGUACGAGACAGACGGAGCUCUGUGUUACUUAGAAAUAAUGAAAUACGAGACCCAACGUUUGAAUGUGGAGUGCUUAUUCCUAAAUCAUCAAACUAAUCACACAUCCAUAACACAUUUGAAAGAAAUGGGACAUAAAGUCUAAUGCUUGAUUCUUUACCAAACAGCCAUUAAAAACAGCAAAAAGAAAGUCGAAGGCUUCAGUAAGCUGAUCACUGAUUUACCCACCUGCAAUAGGUUGCUACUUAGCUGGAUGAUAGUUCACAUGACACACGUUAUAGAACUGGUAGGUGCUUUAUACAUAUUUAUCUGACAAUAAAUCAUGUUAAAACUUUGUGUAGAUGUCAUUCUUGUCUUUGUAUAAGUCAUAUGUAACAUUUUCAUCUCAAAGAUAUUAUUUUUAUGUCCUUUUCUUAUUGAUAGUUGGCUUCCAAAAUUAUUUUUUAAAAUUAUUUAAAAUAUAAACGUGAACAAAAGUUAUACAGGCCACACAAAUAGUUAUUCAACUGGCUGUUGUUAAAAAUGGUUAAAAUUUGACAUUGUUAGAUAUAAAGGAAAGAUUAUGUAUUUUAAAAUGAUUAAAACGAAGAAAUAAAUACCUUUACUGUAAUAAUCUAUUUGUUAUUAGUAAUUAGUAACGGUCAUGUCUAAGUGCUCGAAAUUUUCUUUCAGGCCAAGGAAAAUAAGAUGACAUUACAAAAUGUCAGCAUUGUUCUUAGUCCCACCAUGCAGAUUAGUCACAGGGUUCUCAAUAUUCUCUUCUCUCAUGUCCAUGAGCUCUUUGGAGAUGUGCUUUUACGCAAGUAAGAGAAUUAAAUCAUUAAUUUUUUUUUGUUUAAAAUGAUGUUUUCAUUUCAAACAAAAUUUUAAAAACUUUUUAAUAAAAUGGUAUUUUCUCUCGGUAGAUAUGUACCCCCACUAAAACCUGCACAUUCCAAAUGGUCGCUGGAAUUGCCAGAUAAUCCUUCUGCAUUAGAGGAGGAACUAGCUAAACAGGUUUUAUUUUUUUGUAAUCAUAAGAUAUAGGAUUAGGAAUAUCUGUAAAAAUUAUUUAAUGUAAUUAAAAUUCGUUGAAUCAGUAAAUAUAAGUAGAAUUAUUUUAACAAUUUUAUAAUAUUUAAGUCUUGAAAAGUGGACAAAUAGUUUUAAUAGAUUAAAAAAAAAAAUCUUUCAAAACCUUUAGAUUUUAAGAAAAAAAAUGCUUGAUUCGCAUUGAUAAUUGUCUUUAAAUUUUGCAUGCUCUUUUUCACAGGAAUCUCUUCUGAAUCAGCUUCAUGCAGAAGUCAAUUCUGGAAGAGAAGAUCCAGUGAUUGUAGAUCAGCUUUGGGAGGUUCAGAGAGUGGUCACUCAGCUCAAGAGAAAGGUUUAAAAAAAAAUAUUUUAUGAAAUUAUAUUUGCGUUUAAGAAUGCUAAUUAUUACUAAUUAUGCAACGUUUUGAAUGGUUUGUCACUGAGAUGUAUUAAAUGUUUCAAUGUUCUUGUAGCUGUUGACUAGUAAAAACACUAAUAGAGCCCUACUUCCUCUCAGCAGUCAUUAACACUUCACUUUAAAAUUAAGUUUUUCUUGAACAUUCAAGAAAAUUUAAAACAAUAUCUAGGUCAUCCUUGACGUAUGAGGUGAAUAUUUUUAAAUAUUCAGCACUCAAUACUAAUUUAUAUGGCAGCUCCGACAUAACAGAAAGAUAUUUUUUGUCACAUUGCAUACCUUACUCCUACCUAUAAAUUGAUUGACACCCUUUGUCUAUAAGCAAUUGAGGUAAUUGAAAAAUACAGUUUAAAAUGUGAGCUGAUGUUACAAUUCAAAAUAUUAGCCGGUGCAUUUUUUAAAAUAGAAAUAUAAUUAAAAUAUCUAACAAUUUUAGGUCAAAUAAGAUAUAUAUUUUUUCCAUAUCAGAUAAAAUAGAUGUAUAUUUAUUGUUAUCUAACUAAUCAUAUUUAUUGUUAUCUAACAGACUAUUGAUAGCAUUCUUUAUAACAAAUUAAAAUGCAUUUGAAAUUUUUCCCAAUCAAGGGAGGGGCUUUGGGUCGGUAAAGCGCUGCACAUUUAAUCAGCAACGUCAAUAUCAAAACAAAAAAGGGGAAGGGGAGAUAAGGUUAAAUACCAUGGCUUGUGCUGAAUAAAAAUUAGGUUAACAUACAGGCUAUAAAGGUAUAUUUAUUGUUAUCUUAACAGAUCAAGACUGCAAAGAAAAAUGUUGAAAUGGGAGAAAGACGCCGCACAAAUUUGGAUGCCAAGAGGUCCUCUACUGCAUCUAUCCCAUCAUUGAGUGCUCCAGAGGAUCUGCACCUUGAUCUGAGGCCAGCACCAGAACCCAUGGCUGCCAAUGUUACAACAGUUGUGGCUGUUGUAGAGAAACAACCUGAAGAGGAAACUCAACCCAAAACUGAAACGGUUGCGGAGGUUAAAAAGGGAGUUAAGUUUGCUGAAAGCAGCAAAAAAACAAGAGCUCCGCAGAUCGGGGACAUUAAAAAAAUGGAAGAUGACAAGAAAGGAAAAGAGGUUGAAGAGAACGUUGCAAAGGGUUCUGAGGAAGAUGUAGUGGAUGUAGUGGCAGGGACAGAGAUUGAAGAAAAGGAUGAGAAUACAGAAAAUCGCUUAGAGGAAAAGGCAGAGGAGAAAGUUGAAGAACAAAAGGAUUCAAUUGAUGCAUCAGUUGAUGUUAAGGGAGAGGAGAAUCAAGUAAAAGAAGCAAGUAAAAUUUUAAAAGAAGACAAAACACCUGAAUGUGAGAAACCAACAGUUGUCAUUGCUGAACCUCAGAGCAGUGAAGAGGGUGAUGUGAACAAAGUCGUCAAGGAAGCUGUAGAGGAAAAGUCAACUGAUAUAGUUGUAAAAUCAGCUGAUGCCGAGAGUACCAAAGAAGAACCCAUUAAGAUAGAAGAAGCAAAAUUAGAUGAAAAAACUAAAACUGUGAGUAGAUUCUCUGUUGAAAUGGUCCCUGACAAAAGUAUUACAGUUCCUCAGGGGAAACCAUUAGAGCCUGCAGAGGAGAAUGCAGCAGUUCCUGUCAGUGAAGUGAACAGGACAGUCCAAAUUGAACAAGUUAAGCCAGAGAUAAAGCCCCAACAAGUGGAUGUUCCACCACAGCCUAAAAAAGUGGAGUACGUCUACAGGAAACCUCCCAAUCCGCCAUUUAUGUCCACUGCACUCCUUCAACCAAUGAAAGCUGAAAUUCCUAAACCUAAGAAACCUGUCGAGGAAAGUGAUGCCAAAAAGGAGCACAUCCGUAUGUCAGAAGAGCUUAGGGAGUUGGAAGAGGAGCUUUUAGGGGAGAAGAAACAAGUGCUCCCGAAAAAUGAGGAUGAUGAAGAAUAUGGUAAUUUAAUUUUUUAAUAACGGUAGUGUUCUUGCUAUCACAAGUCUGUCCUUUGAGGCAAGUUAGUUCUAAAAACACUCAAUGUAAUCAGCUGACAGUUUCACAUAAAUAAAGAUGCUUGAUGUUGAUUUUUUUUGGUUGUCAACAAUUAGUUUAUCAUUACUGAUUUUAAAAAGUGUAAUUGUAAUGCUUUAGUUAUGAUUUGAGAAUUUAAAAUUUAUAGCUUUCUUUUUAUUGGCAUUUUUUCACUCAAUUAAUUUGUAAUUAUUGUUAAAAUUAGUGUGUUUCAAUUUUGUAUUCUAGAUAUUCCAGAAGAUGUUGAUAUUGAGCAGCUAUUAGAUGAAGAAUAUGCCUUGAAGUUGGAGGAGGAAGAAUUACUUGCUAUUGGUAAAUCAAUGUGGCUUCAAAUGUUGUCUUAUGAACAUAACUGUCUAAUUUUAACAAAAAAAGAAUUAGUUAAUUGAAAAAAUAAUGUAAAAUAGAAAAGUUUUUUAAAUUAUUAUUAAGAUAAUGCAUUUCCUGAAAUCACCUCUGCCAUUUCUCCCAGUUUAAUAUCCCAUAAGUGGAUGGAUAACAGUAGCGAAGAAUCAUUUCAAAUAGAAAAUAUAUUGUUUAAUAAUAACAUAAAAUAAACAUUUAAACAUUAGCUUUUGUGCAAAGUAUAUUUAUUCUCUACAAAAAUAUUUAGUUUUAGUACAUAAUACAAAUUUGCUUUAACCCCCACCCCACCCAAGUUUUGAAUUUUAGUAAUUAAUCUAUUUGAAACCAGUAUGGUUUAAAAAAAUCACCUCAAAUCAGUUAUAAUUGUAUAGUAUAAAAGUGUUUAUUCUACUGGACAUUUACAUGCAUUGAUGCAUGUUAUUUGUAGCUGAUGAACUGAGACAGAAAAUUGCCACAGAGCGCAGUGAGAUGGAGAGACUUACCCAAGAGAUUCAAGAACUUCAAUACCUCAGGCAAGAUUCUGAUCUAGAGGACCUGAGCACCAGCUCAUCUUCCAGCGAUGAGAGUGAAGAUGAGGAUGACAUGCAGGAACUUUUGACGCAGCUCAUACAAGACAAUGAACAUCUGGAAGUAAGUAGGACAAAACGAGAAGUUUUAACUUCUUUAAAAUUUAAUUAAUUUUUUAGCAAAGAAAUAAAUUGAUUUUUUCAGAUUUAUAAAGAAAAUAAGACUGUUUAAUUUAUUGUUGUUAAUGAUACUUCUUGAUGUAAUAGGUUAAAAAAUUUGAGGUAAAGUUUGAAAUAGCAAAACAAUUAUUUUUUAUUAUGUUUUACAGAUGAAGAAUGCAGAUCUAUGCCAAAAGAUUCACGAAGAAAGAAUGAUUUGCUUAAGUGUUAAACUUCAGAUAAGGCUUCUGCAACAAAAACAUUUGGAGACAUCUUAUGGUUGAGAAAAUUGAAUUCAAACCCAGUUAGAAAAUAUAAAAUUGUUACAUGUGUUCAAAGAUUUAUUGUGAAAAAAGAUAGCAAUUACUUUAAAAGAUUUAUUUCAGGAGACCUUGUUGAUUUACAACUGCAACCAACAAACAGAAAUUUAGACCAAAGACCAUUUGUCUUGGACAAAUAUUAUCUUUCAAUGGUUCUUUAUUUUUACACUGCUGGAACUACAAAGUUGCUGAAAAUUUGCCAUUAUAUUUACACACAGCCAUUAAGAUUUCUUGGUAUUGUUAUCAUUACAGCCAAAUUUACAUUGAAUUUUUUGUACCUGUGAUAUCUGAAAUAAAUUGUGGUUUUCAUUUAAAAAGCUGAAAAAAGUAAAAUAAAAAUCUUUAAGAGUAAGAGCAUCAAAUUUUUUUCUUCAAAAUCUAGCUUUACAAUUUAGCGCUUUACGCUGCAUCUUUUUUUUUAAAACUAUGCAGGAAAAAAGGAAUAAUUAUGAAUGUUUUCACUGUUUUCACAAACACAUGCAAGAAACAUGUAAGAAAAGCAAAGCAAUUAAUAAAUAGAUUGUAGACAAUUCAGCCUUAUGAAGGGACUUUUCCAAUUCUUGUAUAAUUUUAGUAAUUCUUAAACAUUCCUUUGAAUUGAUAUAUUUCAAUUUCUGUAGUUUUCAUUCAUCUAGGAGUUUCACUUUGUUGGUUAAGUAAUAUUAAGUAUUAUAAAGACAUUAAAUCAAUAAUUUUUAAUUCAGUUAUCAAGCACUCAUCAUUUUAACCUUUUCGCUACUGAUGACGUCGACACGAUGUUUCGAUCACCCACUUUCAAUUACCAAGGAUGUCACAUUGUCAUCAUAACAAAUAGGCAAAGAACUUUUCUGAAAAGUCACGUUAACGUCAUAUUUCAAUGCUAUAUAUAUUUCUUUAUUCGUUAAUCCAUAGAGAAGUUAAAAAGUGAAUCGGAUAGAGAAUAAAAAAUAUUGAAAAUUUCUUUGAGUCAGCAAAAAUGGAUGCCAAAACCAGCGGUAAUGAAAGAGUUAAGAGCUGUUCAUAAACACAUUAGUAGUUGUAUGAACAGUUUGCUAAUUAAAAUAAGAUGAGCAAUUUCAUAAAGAUAGUAGUAAAAAAUAUUUAUAAAAGUUGAAUUAAAAAAAAAAGGUUCCAAUUGUUUGAGUUCAGUGAAAAACAAAGAUAUGCAGCAGCUCUUACUCUUACAAUUGCACCCUUAUUAAAAAAAUUGCUUUGAGAAAACUCUGCGUAAUUAUGUGUUAAGAGAUUUAACCAUUUUUAAAAACAUUUUUGCUACUAAAAGUGCUUUCCAUAAAUUAAUGGGACAAUAAAUUGCAUUGAUUAAACUGUAUAUUUGUGUGUCUUAUCCUUAGCUAGGAUGGGGUUAGCUAGCAGAAAAAGUUUAAAUAAAAGUCUCUAGUCAUGAAUGUAAAUAAUGAAUUUUUUGCUUAUUGAAAAUGUGGAAAAUAAUCUCUAAGCUAUUUUUCUUGUGUUGUUUAAAUUGUUCAUUUCAUCUACCCUGAAAUCAUAAAAACUAUUACAUUUUAAAUUAUCAAAGGUUCUCACUAUUUUUAUGAUGAGUUCAGGUGAAGGAUAUGGAUCCAUAUCAUAUUAAAUUUUAGCCCCGAGAAGAAUUCAUUGAGAAAUUAAAUUCACUGACUCUCUGAAAUUAAUUCAUGUAACACCAUUAAGAACUCACAAGAUAGGUCACCGGACUACUAUGGCAACCUUUUCAGCAAUUAAAUAUUUUAGUGUAUCUUGUCUGACCUCUUGAAAUAAUAAUUGUGCUGUUCACUAUAUAAUCAUGUUUAAUUAGAAUGAGUUAUGUUUGAAUGCAUUGUUGAGAGAUUUUGUGGCAUUAUAAAUAAAAUUGCAUUAAAUUUUGCAAGAGUUUCUUUUCAGUUUUGAGAUGAAUUCAGUCAUUGUACCUCCCCACAGUCAGUUCGUCAAAACAAGAGUUUGUGGUUAGAUUUACAUCUAAGGUAUAAGUUCUAGCAUAAACUUAUUGUGAACAAAUGCAGAUUUCUGAAUUCCAAUGAUAUUAAAAUAUCAAGAUGUCAUGUUUAACUUGUGUAAAUAAUAGUAAACAAUUACAACUAUCACUCAAUGAUUACAUUAUAAAUUAUAUAUUCAAAUACUAUUAACACAAAUUGUACUAAAUUAUGAUAUAGUAUAAAUGAAUUCCGUGAGUGUUUAAAAUAUUUUUUUGAGGCUC